AUGAUUACAAACGUCUCUGCUCGCUUCAAGCUCCUGCCUUUACAGUUCCGUCGCUGUCUAAGACAUUUCACAUACAAUGCCCCCAAGGUAUCAACUCGCAUGCCACUGCGAAUGUUCCAGAGAGGCAACGACGAGAGGAACAGCAGCACUAGCAGCAGAUCCCGCGCAUGGAUGACUUGCGGGCGUCCGUUCGUUGAGCGGAUGGGUCGCAUCUUCUGGGUCGCGGUCAUUUAUCUUGCUAGUGAGCUUGUCAUAUGGGGACUCACCUUGGCUCUGAGAUCAGUCGGGCUUCAGUUCCUCUCCUCCAUCAUGGGGAUGGUCCUGGUGUUUGCGUUGAUGGUGUCCAUCUCACAACUUCAUCCCGGGUCGGAUAGUUUUUACUACCACAACGUCAAGUCCAAGGUCGACUUCAUUAACAGCAACCUUGGCGUCAGUUUCCCUGUCCCGAUCGUGACUAUCAGCAAAGAGCAGCUCCUUGGCGGCCAGGGCAUCGGAAAAGUGAUUGGAAACUUCUUGAAUACCAACGUUAUCUUCUGGGGCCUCGUCUUUGUCCUCUCCUGGGGAAUCCUGGCUGGGCUUCUCAGACUUCCUCCUUGUUCCAUCCGCCACCUCAAAACCACUGAGCCUGAACAGCCGUGGCUGCCCAAAGUCACCGCCGCCUCUCUGCCGCGAAUCGAGAUGCCACCGCAUACCCUCAGCCGCAGGGCGUCAGAGACGACAACCCUGAAUGGGACCGUGACGACCGGAUAUCACACUGACAAGGAAACAGGACUGGGUCCAGAGUCGAGAAGUGUCUCAGCUUAUUUCACUGACAGCGACUGCCCGAUGCCUAUCACGCCUCGAUAUGCCAGAGGCGAACAGCAAGCCUGCACAUCGCUUUCAAGCUCACCACACACGGACGACUCUCAGAAUGAACGGAGCGCGUUGGCCAGCUGGGUCAGAGAGUGCUACCCUAUGGCCCUCGCGAUCUCCCUCUUCAUUGUCAUUGGCAUCCCAGUCUCCCACAUCACGGGCGACGACCGAGUCCUCGACGGCUGUAUGCUCUGGUUCGUCUGGAUCAGCAGCACAAGACUCCAACGAACCUUCGGCCGAAACCACCUCCUCGUCGACUUCCCCAGCAUGAAAACCACAGCCACAACGGUCCUUAACCCAGUCCUCUUGACGACGCUCAUCAUGACCGCUUACACCCGUGCCAAAACAGCUGCACAAGAUGUGCUGAUCGAACACACCCUGACCGUGUUCAGCAGCGGCACUUCCCUCUCCGACCUCUGGACACACCGGGCCACGGGCUGGGACCUCCGAAAAGGCCAGAGGGAUUGGUUCGGCGCGGGCGACGCGGCGCUCUCGAUUUUGGAAUGCGGCAUCGUCGUUUGGGGUUUCAAGCUGUAUGAAUGUCGCCGGCAGAUUUGGUCUCGCGCUGGGGCGGCUGUGGUCCUCAUCUCAAUCGGCAUGGCAGCGCUCAACGUCUUCGUCUCCAUUUUGCUCGGCAGCGCAGUCGGCCUCGGUGGCCCCGAAGCACUGGCCUUCGCGGCGCGGAGCACCACGCUCGCUCUCGCGCGGCCUGCCAUGGAGGCUCUCGAGGGGAACCAGGUCGUGAACGCGGCGCUGGUGGUGAGCAAUGGUAUACUGGGCCAGCUGAUGUACCCUUUCCUGCUUAGGAAGUUAAGAGUCGAAGCGCUGGACGAGAACGAGACUGAAGACGGUGAGGCGAAAACGGAUGGUGCACUGACGAUCGCGGCAGGAGCUGCGAUUGGGAUCAACGGCGCAGCCAUGGGCGUGUCGUAUGUUUACGGGAGGAAGAGCCGGGCUGCACCGUAUGCAGCGCUUUCGAUGACGGUAUUCGGGGUCAUGACUGUGGUUUUCACUGCAGUUGAGCCGUUUACCAGCACCUUGGUGGCCUUGGCGCAUCGGUGA